AUGGCGGAAGUGGUGCAAGCGCGGACAAGCUUCGCACCGGCGUCUCCAUCUCGCAAGCGAUCAGCCUCCGCAGACGCCGAACCCGCCACCGGCUCCGCGAGCAAUGCCUUGACGACGACGACGACGACGAGCAACAAAGACGAAACCUCACUGUCAGAACCGCCGGCGAAGAAAACCAAACUCAUUCGACGCAAGCGGCGACCGGCGCGGCCACAAGUUGACCCGUCGACGAUCACGUCGACACCUCCGCCGCAGACUGGGACGAUAUUUAACAUCUGGUACAACAAAUGGUCAGGCGGUGACCGGGAAGAUGCAUACCUGUCGAAGACGGCGGCGCCGUCGCGAUGCAACAUCCGCAACGACUCCGGGUGGACGCAGGCAGACAAGACGCCAGGCAGUUAUUUCUGUCUGUUCUUUGCGCGAGGGCUGUGCCCCAAGGGCCACGAAUGCCAGUACCUGCACCGGCUGCCGACGAUCUUCGACGUGUUCAACCCGAACUCGGACUGUUUCGGCCGCGACAAGUUCAGCGACUACCGCGACGACAUGGGCGGGGUGGGCAGCUUCCUGCGGCAGAACCGCACGCUGUACGUGGGCCGGAUCCAUGUGACGGACAACAUCGAAGAGAUUGUGGCCCGCCAUUUCCAGGAAUGGGGCGAGAUCGAGCGCACUCGAGUGCUGACGGGCCGCGGCGUCGCGUUCAUCACCUACGUCAAUGAAGCGAAUGCCCAGUUCGCCAAGGAGGCCAUGGCGCACCAGGCGCUCGACAACAACGAAGUGCUCAACGUGCGCUGGGCCACCGUUGACCCGAACCCGCUGAGUGCGAAGCGCGAAGCCGCCCGCGUCGAAGAACAGGCCGCCGAGGCCGUGCGGCGCGCGCUGGGCGAGAGCGCCGUACGACAGAUCGAAGGCCGCGAGACCCACGAAGAGCGCGACCAGAGGAGGCUUGCGUCGCGCUACGGCCUCGACGGCUACGAGGCUCCUGAGGAGAUCUGGUUCAACCAGCAGAAAGACCGAGCGCUAGAAGGCCAACAGCAAGGCGAAAGAGGCCUGCUCGACGCUCCUCCACUGGAUUCUUGUACAGAGACCGCCUCACCCCACCCCUCCUACCAGACCGAUGCGCAUACGGACACCCACGCACAGCAAGCCCACCACGAACCCGAAGAUACCGGCAUCCUGGGCUCCUCCGUCCUGGCAAAGCUGCAAGGAUAUGCGUCGAGUGCGAGGCCGGUACACCCACAACCACAGACGUCAGCCCCUGGACCAUUGGUUGCGUACGGGAGUGACGAUGAGAGCGAUUGA